UCCGGAUUUCUGUGGACCUUGAAAUCAGGUUCGCAAACGUUCCAGCCGCCAUCACAUCAUCAGUACAGUACCAAUUACAGUCCCACCCCUGUCCAUCCGGAAAACACUCCUAACCCCGUCCAGAAUCCCCCGUCGAAAUCCCAAACAUGAUUCGGUCCUCCAUAAGCUCAGCGCUAUUCCUAACAACCCUGGGUAUCUUGAACCUCUGGGACCCAACCAUCUACAUUUCAAUGUACGAUAUCUACCUGGAACGAGGAAAUAUCCCCGGCAAAUCCGAAAUCCGAGCCGCACUCGGCGGCCUCCUUAUCGGUCUCGGAUUCGCACUGUAUAGGGUGCAGACGUGGGAUCGGGUUCGCGACGGGGUGGUGUAUACUGUGAUGUGUGUCGCGCUCGGGUCGGCGAUGGGAAGGCUUUUGAAUGUGGUCGUUGAGGGGGAGGUCGGCGGCUGGGUGAAUGUUUUGGCGACGGUGUUUGAAGUUUACACUGCACGGGGGUUGUAUCUGGAGUUUAUAGGGCCCGGAUGAAAACAGAAAUAACCUCAAGCACCGAUUCCCCAAUCGUUCGUAGACUAUUCCUCAAAUGUUCCCACAUCCCACCGGUCGUAAAUGACUUCUGUCACCCUUCACAUCAGAUGAGCCUGACGAAACGUUUGAUCAGCAUUGAACUCCACCUGUAACUCUGAUUGAUAUCAGAACAAGGGUGGCGGAUGCGGGCUUUGAAAGUCAAUAGUAGCAGAAGCAAUGAGCAGUUUGGCACCGGUCAAUGUUAAGAGAAUAACAAUCGAUCUCAUCUC